UAGUAUGACGUCAUUGGCCGCCAUCUUUAAAUCUCCGACGAGAAAGAAGAAGUCGGCACUAAAAAUACGCUCCGAAGAAUCGACAAAAAAAGAUAAUUGAUCCUUUGAAGUUUUGAGUUUGAAUUGAAAGAGUUGUGAAGAAAAGGUUGCUCUGCCUGUACAAGACAGACCACCAUGGCUGAAGUCAGCGUAGAGAACAGUGCAAUGUUACCCAAGGUGGAGUUAGACUCCUCUCUGACUGGUGAUGACAUCCUAGCCUUGGCUACAGCAUGCUAUGAAAGAGAAGGUUCCUGUUCGACAACUGACAGUCCUUCCGCUUGGCCUGAGGCUGCCCCUGUCGGAGGUACCCAGUACUCAGCUAACUUCUCAGUCAUGGACAUGAAGAACAUCUGGGGAGGGGGAGGGGAGCAGGCCUCGGCUGCUGGACCACUGUUCUUUGGACUUGUUCCUGGGACAAACUGCUCUAAUGACCUGCCAUCUGAUACCCAGGCUGAAAGUGCCCACCUGGCUGGAGACUGGCCUUCCUCCAUCCCACAGAGCAUUUCCCCCAUCCCCCACCAGGGCAAUGUGGUCAAUACCUCACCCCCCUCUACCAGCCCACAGGCCCCUGUACCCACACGUACUGACUCACAACAACUCGAGUCACCCACAGGCAUCGUCCAACAAACGAACUACAGCUUCAACAUCGCGACCUCCAACCUCAACAUCACCAACAUGCAGUCUCAGCAAGUCUCCGGAGGAAGCAAGCUGUCCCCCAACGCUUCAGCCUUCAACACUGCAGUGGCGCCCCCUAGCUACAGUAUGGCAAAGUGCAGCAGCCAGCCUAUGGUGAAGAGUCAGGGCAGUGCCGGAUGGCAGCAGCAGAAACCACACGGCCCACCCCCCUACUCAAGGUCCCGUCCGCCCACAGUGAGCCACCAUGGAGCCCAGUACCAGCUGGAGCCCAACGCUCGCAACGUGCCCAACGGAACCGGCCACCAGCAGUUUAACGUGAACCUCAGCGGCUACGGACGCUCUCAGAACAUGCCUUCCAGUCGCCACGGCAACUCGCCCUACCUCCAGCCCCCUGGCGAGGGCGGGCAGUACUCCAAGACGAUCCGUCCUCCGAAGCGCGUUUCGCCGAACAGCCGCCCGUACUACCCCCUACAGCCGCAGUAUAACACCCAGAGCACCAUCCACUAUGGCAACACCGCGCCGCCCAGCCACUCCAACUACCCUCCCAACGUCUUUCCCUUCUCAAACGGCUAUCACAACAACUCUGCUCCCCCCAGCAGCUUUCCUUCCACAUCCCAGCCACCCUUCAAGCGGCUACGUGGCGGGGAGGUCCCGUAUCUGCGAGUGAACACCAACACCCCCAACUCCAGCCCUUCCAGCAACCCAAACACCCCACCGUACCGAUCGGCAGCGGCGAUCUCGCCUGUCAUGGCGGCUAAGGAAGCCCCCGCGCCCGUCUGCAUGUCACUUAAGAUCGUAGAGAAGAUCGUGGUGGAAGGAUCGUACGCCUUCAAGUCUCAUGCCAUCUUCCCGCUCCUGCGAGACCUUUUCAUCACAUGGAGGGACUGUGACAAGAUGGCUGUGCCGACUGCCCUGUUCUCAGCCCUGCCACAAGACUUUGACACCCUCCUGCAGAACUUCCUGAAGUCCCACCCUCCCCCUGUAGUCACGGUAACAGACGCUGCAGACCUCACCCCUGCAGUGGAGAGGGUCAUCCAUGACGCAGCCAGGUGUGCCCAUAAAGCCUUGCUCCAGAAGCUUACCAGACGCCCCCCCUCGGCGACUGUCAGCCCCCUGGGCCACCCGCCUGCCCCCCUCCCCACCACCCGGGUGCACCAGGCACCCCCUGCCAGACAGGAGGAGGUCUACACCGCCAUACAGGAGUUCUGUGACAGGUUUGAGAAGGCGACCAAAGAACAGCAACUGAGUCCGGUGACGUCAUCAGGAAUACAGGAGAUGGAACCGUCACCGAUCGCUCUGGUUAACAGCCCAGCCGACCUGGGAGACACCAGCGGCCUACCGGAGCCAGAGAGCUGCUCGGCUGGAGGUGGAGGGCAGUGAGAACAGUGAUGGGUACGAAAUACGGAAUAUGGGGCUUUUAUGACCACAUUCUCAACAACAGUAGAUGACUGAUAAUAAGGACAAUAUCUACAUAU